AUGUCCUGUUUUUGGACCACCUCACUCGCUCCCUCCUCACUCCUUCCCCCACCUCACUCACCCCCUUCUACCUUCACCGUCCUCCCCGUCGCACUCUCUCCCACAUCCCUCCCUCCCUCCCCACCUUUCUCCAUUCCUCCGCACUCCAUCCCCUCCUUUCCCCGUGCCAUCCUGACCAAGAUCCUGCGGCACCAGGCAAGCCAGCUGGGAUUGCACGUGGCGCCAGAUGGCUUCGUGCGAGUGGCCGAUCUCUCUGCUGCUGCCCCUCAACACCAACGCCCACCGCCCCCUCGCCUUCCCACACGCUGGAGGACGUGCGCCCUGACUGUGGUACACGGCACGUAUGAGCGCCACCUGCCGUCCAUACUGGCGUCGGGGUUGAGUCGCAUGAACCGGCAGCACGUGCACCUCACCAAGGGGGUGCCCUCGCAGCACCACUCCGUUGUCAGCGGCUUCCGUUCAAACGCAGAGGUUGCUGGUGGUGGUGGACGUCGCUCGCGCCAUGGCAGGUGGGUUGCACACGGCAUGCCAUUCUUCGAGUCAGACAAUGGGGUCAUCCUCACGUCUGGCUUUCCACGGCUACAUCCCUCCAACCUACUUCGCCUCCAUCCUCAAGUGGCCCUCGCUCCUCCCCCACCCCCUCUCCCCUCCUCCUCCCCCACCCCCCCCAUCCUCCUCUACCCGCCCUUGCUCCUGUCCCCCCCGCUGCUUCCGCUGCUGUCUGUGCGGGGGAAGCAGCAGGGCCGUGUUUAG